CUCGCGCGCAGCGUGGCGCCUGCGGGUUUCCGUACCGGCGUCUCCAUGGCGACCGCGUUGGCUGGGUGGCCUCCAUUGUCGGGCUGCUGCUCUCAGCGGCGGGGCUCGCCAGCGUUCCAGUGGGCGGGGGCGCGGCAGGUGACUCCAGACCAAGGAGGAUGAGCUGCUGUCCCUGGAAGAGAACGGAUGGAGGGAAGCAGCUCCUACGAAGUUCCCUCUGUGGCUGCUGCUGAUCUGGAGGAGGGUGCUGGUCAGACUAGGAGCUUGCCUGCCACCCCCUCUAAAGAUGUUCACAAGGGUGUUGGAGGCAUCAUCUUUUCCUCCUCACCGAUUUUAGACUUGAGUGAAAGUGGUCUGUGCCGUUUGGAGGAGGUCUUUAGAAUCCCCAGCCUUCAACAAUUGCAUCUGCAAAGGAAUGCCCUGUGUGUGAUUCCUCAAGAUUUCUUUCAGUUGCUUCCGAACCUGACUUGGCUGGACCUCUGGUACAAUAGAAUUAAAGCGCUUCCUUCUGGUUUUGGAGCUCACAAGCAUUUGAAAACUUUGCUUUUAGAAAGAAAUCCUAUCAAAAUGUUACCUGUGGAGCUGGGGAGCGUAACCACGCUGAAAGCACUGAACCUAAGACACUGCCCUCUGGAAUUCCCUCCUCAGCUCGUUGUGCAGAAGGGAUUGGUGGCUAUCCAGCGCUUCCUGCGGAUGUGGGCAGUAGAACACUCUCUCCCCAGAAAUCCAACUUCUCAAGAGGCUCUACCGGUUAGAGAGAUGACCCUCCGUGACCUCCCGAGCCCAGGACUGGAGUUGUCUGGAGACCACGUGUCUAACGGAGGAGCUGUGAACGCUCAGGACCCAGAGGGGGCUGUGAUGAAAGAGAAGGCCGGCUUUCUCCCGCCUGUGGAAAAGCGCCUGAGUGAACUCAGAAAGUCUGCCGACUCCCCAGAGAACUGGCCCAGCGAGGAGGAGAUCAGGCGCUUUUGGAAGCUGAGGCAGGAGAUUGUUGAGCACGUGAAGGCAGACGUUCUGGGAGAUCAGCUCUUGACGAGGGAAUUACCUCCAAAUCUCAAGGCGGCCUUGAACAGUGAGAAAGAACUACCAAAGCCAAGACACGUUUUCAGAAGGAAGACAGCCUCCUCCAGGAGCAUCUUACCCGACCUCUUGUCACCGUACCAAAUGGCGAUCCGAGCAAAAAGACUGGAAGAGAGCCGAGCGGCGCGAGAGCUCCAGGAGAAGCAGGCUCUGAUGGAGCAGCAGAGACGUCCUUUCCUCCUCAUUUUCCCUGGAGUAUUCCAGGCCCUGACGUGGUCGUCAGGGAGGUUCAUUCUUGUGUCGCUGUGACUGCCGCCAGUGCCACCACCUUGCGAGGUGUGUUGGCCGAUGGGCUCAGUGUCCUCAGUGUCUUCUCUGUC